UCCGAGCCGCGGCAGCUGACUCGCCCGAGCAGACCGGGAACCGGUCAGAGGCACAGCCUGAGCCCGCCAUGGAGCAACCCAGGAAGGCGGUGGUGGUCACGGGAUUCGGCCCUUUUGGGGAACAUACUGUGAAUGCCAGCUGGAUUGCGGUCCAGGAGCUGGAGAAACUAGGGCUUGGGGACAGCGUGGAUCUGCAUGUGUAUGAGAUUCCAGUGGAGUAUCAGACAGUCCAGAGGCUCAUCCCUGCCCUGUGGGAGAGGCACAGUCCACAGCUGGUGGUGCACGUAGGAGUGUCAGGCAUGGCAACCGCAGUCACACUGGAGAAGUGUGGACACAACAAGGGUUACAAGGGCCUGGACAACUGCCGAUUCUGCCCCGGCUCCCAGUGCUGUGUGGAGGACGGGCCUGAAAGCAUUGACUCCAUCAUCGACAUGGAUGCUGUAUGUAAGAGGGUUACUACGCUGGGCUUGGAUGUGUCAGUGACCAUUUCACAAGAUGCAGGCAGGUACCUCUGUGACUUCACCUACUAUACUUCACUGUACCAGAGUCACGGCCGCUCAGCCUUUGUUCACGUGCCCCCUCUGGGCAAGCCGUACAAUGCAGACCAGCUGGGCCGGGCGCUUCGGGCCAUCAUUGAGGAGAUGCUGGACCUCCUAGAGCAGUCAGAAGGCAAAAUCAACUGUUGCCAUGAACACUGAUUACUGCUCAGGCCUCCCAAGACCUCAUCCUGCCAAGGACCCUGAGAGAGACGUCCGCCCUCCGGGCCCUGGCCAGGAAAGACAAGCCCAUCCAGUGGGGGAUCUGAUUUGGAUCAAAUAUGCCAGCUUGCACACCUCCUCUCCCUUUUUCUCUGCGUAAGCGCUGGUUGGUUUGAAGGCAGCAACUGAAGAUUUUUUUUUUCUAUUUCUCUUUGCACCUGGGGAUACAGCUGGGGCAGUCAGGAAGCUGGGAAGUCCUGAUUUCUACCGAGAACCUCAAAAAGGUGGAUCUCUGCUCUGCUCUGGUGGAUCCCAUGGCUGGGGCCAGCUGCUUUUCUAAGUCUAUGGUGGAAGGAUUCCAGAAUUCCCUCUGUCCAUGACUGUUUUUUUCCCAAUUGAAAAUCCUCCUGAAGACCCUUGGCCCUGAUCCAUGUCCCAAUAGCCUGGACAGCUCCGGCGAGGACCAGCUUGGGAUCUGGCAUGGGUUCUUUUUCUUUCUUUCUUAUGCUGUUUUUAAAAGCAAUAGUGCCAGUUUGGGCACAGAGUUAUUUAUAUUCCCUUUGGUUAAAAUGAGGGCUUUAGCCGAACACAAAAGUGUCUUUUCUCUUUCCUGGACUGCAGCUGCUUCUGCCUCUGGCUUUGAACACUGGACCUACAUUUUUUGUUUUUUGGGGUGACAUUAAGAUCCCCGUGUUCAGCGGGGGUGGAGGCUAGGCCCUUGGCCAGACCACGGGGAGAGGGGGUUGCUGCUGCCCCAGGAGCCUGAAAGGGUUGCCUAGUCCUUUUGCCCGCCGAGCUGUGAGCUGCACCCGCGGGGCCUCCGGAGCUGGGCCGCUGGUGGGAAAGCAGGCUGUCAUUCCAACACGCACUUUUUUUUUUAAACAUGUAAAAGUGCGUAGCUGCUACAAACCUACCCCGCAUGCGGCCUGGAUUUUCAGUCUUGGUCUUGGGGACCAGCUUCUUGUUUUCCUUAAGAGGGGGACAGAAUGGAGUCUGGGGGCUGAGCUCCGUGUGUGCUGGUGUGUUUGGCUGGCAGGGCCGCGGGGCAGCCAGUGAGCUUUUGUGUAGCUGGGUUUUGGACAUGCCUUGGACUUGGUAAAUUUUUAUCUUACUUCCUGAUGACUUUGAACUGACCAGCCAGGGAUGCGCAUCUCCCAGGAGGCAACUAAAUUCAGCUGGACCUUGACACCCGUCAGAGAGAGGGGACUGGCAGCCGCAACCGUGAGGACAACAACCGUUUGGAAAGUAUUCUUCUGUUUCUCUGGAGAACACGCAGCUGCUCCCCCUGUGUGAGGCGUGCUGGUGUCUGACGUGUUAGAUCAUGGUGGUGUUUCCCAGCAGGUGCUUCUUUCGAAAACAGCUGAGAUUUUUGUUUUGUUUUCUUAAGUGUUCACCCUCUUUCCCUCCUGUUCCGAUGCCCAGGAUAGUUGCUGCCUCCGCUGAGCUGCUGUGUCACUCAGAGACCGGGUUGAUGGGUUUCUGAGUGAAAUCCAUUUUCUGAGUCCUGUGUUUUCUCUGGAAGGGAAGCGUGAUGUGGGGUCAGCAUACGGCAGUGGGUGUGGAGCGUGUCCUGCAGGGUGAAAUGAUCAGGGCCUUCUCCCUCCUCCACGCCAGCCCUCCCUCUUCCAGAAACUCCUCCUCCACACCCCCAGUCUGCGUUCGCAGUCUCCUGAGGAAACUGGAGAGUAGGAUGCCAUUGCAUCCACUCAGCCAGCCAGCUUCUGUGAGCAGAGCUUGUGGCUCUUUUAAAUGAGGGUCUCCCAGAGGUCCCAUUCAGAAAGGCAUUAAACUCUAAUGAGCUCUGUUCUCUAAAGGUCUGAUCUGGGGGACUCUGACGAAGAAGUGGAUCUAGGCAAGUUGGAGAGGGGAGGGGGGCUGGAAGUGAGUCAGGUUUGAGCUAAGCUGGGUACUCACAGGAACCCAGACACACCAUCCCCAGGUUCUGCAUUUCCAUCUUUCUUUCGUCCUCAUGUCUUCUGUCUGUUUAAAGCAACGUGAGAUUCAGCCACUUAGAGAUGUAACUUACCGUCUGAUCAUUAUCGAGUGUGUGUGUCAUUUUCUGUCCCUGCGACGGUGUUAGAUUUCCUCAGCGAGUCAAGCCAACACCUUGUCCUUUUCAUGAUGCCGAGCAUAUAGCUCGUUUUUAUUUAAUUAGACAGCCAUUAAAUAUUUCACUCGCUCCCUGCCAGCUUUUUAAUGUUCCUGUUUUUAAUUAUUUUUAUCUUUUUCCUUUUGGGCAAAUUCAUCCAUUCACUCCAUGGCGUAUCUGUCUGCAUUUGUUGGGUCCUGGACUGAAAUGUCCUUGUGUAAGAAAGGGUGGCCAAGUCCCAUUACUUCUCCGUUGUCAUUUCAGAGUCUCAGAUUGUAGGGAUGGGGUGGGGCGCAGAACAGGCAAAAGGAUAGUUCUGUGAAGUGGGCACAGCCUGGCAGAUAUGAAGGUGAGCGAUGCCAGAAGAGGUGGGUGCAGUGAGUGUUAACGGUGGAAAGAUGGGCUGAGCGAUGUCGUGGGAAGGGUGGUGGAGGAAAGGUGAAAAGUGCUGCUGAAAAGUGGAGGGGGUCCUGUCUCUGAUAAGCUCCUGUGGCGGGUACAGAGGUGAGGGGUGGUGUCAGGUAAUGGCAUCUCCCUUAGGAUGCCAGAACCUCGGCCCCUGUAACUUUAUCCUUCUCUCAGCCCCUUCGCUUCCCCGCUUCCCACCAAAGAGAAGGUCGGCGGUCUGUACGUGAGUAUGUAGUUUGAAAAAGAAGCUUAAAAGAGUGGAUAGAAAGCAAGCAAGGUGGGAAGAAGCAGCGAUCCCAGUGGGUGAGCUGGGCUUGCUGCCACCCGACUUGUGUGGCCCAGUCAAGGUCCCAGCCACUGCGAGACACAGGGCCCCAGGGCAGCGGGGGGCGCGAACCCCCAGUCAGUGCCACGUUUUGGGGGAGAGGUCAGACUCUGACCUCUCUGAUAGUUUCAGCAAGAAAAAUAGUUUUUCGCUACCCUGCUCUUUGCUGGUGUGAAAACUUCUCGAACAGAAAGGACCUGCUCAGGGGGAUGACUCAAAAAGUAUACGUGUGAUGCCUUUUUGUCAUCUUGGAAGUUUCUGCCAAGAAGCCAGGCCAGAGGCUGUGCCUGUGCACCCCCCAGGCCUGUGCUCCCCACCCCCUUCCCAACUCAGGGGUACCUAGGACGGGGAGGGGAGCUGCUCCUGGAAAUCGGCCCUCUACACAGGCCUCUUUUUUCUCUGCUGCUGUCUAGACUGUUGACCUUUGACCUCCCCGCCCCUUGGAGUGUGUGAACCCAGAAGUCCCUUGUCAUUGUCUGGGUUGGUGGAACAAAGCCUCAUUCUUCUCUGUGGCCCCAGCCUCCCCCCCGAGACCACUGGAAGCUCUCCUGAGCCUGCAGCCGGCAUGGGGCACUGAUGGAGGUGCCUCCCCUCGUGGCCACGAGCCCCAUAGCCUUCAUCCACAGGCUUCUGUGGAGCCGCAAAGGGCUUUGGUUUUAUAUCUCCAAUUAAAUUUCCCUUCUCCUGGAACAAGUGCCUGGUAAAGGGCCUGGGGCUGCCACUGGGAGGAGAAGCGUCUCUAUUUCCACAGAAAGAACUCCACGUCUUGCGAGUCGCUUCUUGGAUGAAUGCCACUCAGAGACCCCAUUCUCCAGUUCGAGGGCAGUGGUCACAGCUGAGUUUCAGGAGCUCCCAGACCUCCAGGGGCUCCAGUCCAGCCUGAGCUGCUCCCCUGACUUGAAAUCAGUUUCCCCUCCUCCCCUCCUCACCCAAACCUUCCCUUCAGCUGCCCAGAGAUCCACAGAAGUGCCUGCCCCCGCAGCACACAUGCGGCACAGAGAGGGGAGACAGGACAGGAGAGAGAAACACCCCCAGACCCGAGCUCCCCGCUUCCCUGGGUGGGGCUCACCCAAGCCCUUCACAGGGGUGGGACCUGGGCCAGGGGCUUUUGGGUCCUGCACGCUUUGAGGAAGCCCCAGGGAAAGCUGGAAUUGGGCUUUCUGCCUGCAAGGCCUGGCUGGAGGCCACAGGAGAUCCAUCUGGGUCUUGGGGGUACCUGGCAUGCUUCCAGGGCCCCCUCCACAUCUCAGGUUUCUGUCUUGCCCUAAAUCUCUCUCCAGGAAGAACCCUGCUUCCUGGAGGUGACCCUGUGUCCUGUCCCCAAAGGAGAGACCAGCCCCUGCAGCCUUGGGGUGGCCUCUCCCCGACCCCAGGGAGACCCCUUGAGUGCCUUGUCUGAAAGCCCCGUGUCUGGGACCCCAGGCCGGCCGAGGGUCUGCCGGACUUUGCUGGUGGCUAGGCCCUGGGACACCCCAAACUUGACAUCCCAGAAAGCAAAUAAAACAGU